AUGGCGGUGAGCCUCGCGGGCGUCGGCGCGGCGGUGGUGCUGCAGCCGGCGCUGACCUCCCCCGUGGCCCGCGUGGCCGCGCUGGGCCUCGGGGCGGGCUACACGAGCUACAAGAUCUUCCAGGUGCUGUCGCAGCGGAACAGGCGGGCCCAGGAGGCCGACCGGUGGCUGAAACUGAUGGCGACGCUCGCGGUGGCGCGCGCGGGCGAGGAGGUGCUGGCGCCCAUCCUGGACAAGUUCCCGUGGUGGCAGCACGCGCGGCUCGGGCUGCUCGCGUGGCUCGUCCUCGCGAAGGACUCGGGCGCCGGGUGGGUGUGGGACCGGUGCCUGCACCCGUUUUUCGCCCGCCACCGCCACCGCCUGGAAGUGCUGGAGGAGCACGUGACGGCGGGCGCGCAGAACGCAGCGCAGGAGCACGAGGAGAGCCUGGGGUACGUGCGGACCCAGAUCCUACACAUCAGGGAGGCCUGCGCGGGCAUGUGGGAGCGCCUCGAGGCCGAGGCCGGACGGAGGCGCGCCACGAGCGAGUCGUAG